CCAAAAACAAAUCAUUAACCUUACCGAGCGUUUACUGUCGUUGUGGGAUGGCUGAUGUACUAGAUUUACAUGGCGAGAAUGACUUCGAAGAAGACGCAGAUGGUGAUCAUGGUUUAAUGAAAUUGAAGGAAAGUGCCAAAAAAAGAAAAGGCAGAGGAUUCGGAGCUGACUCAGUCGGAACGACAAAAGAAGGGUAUGAAUCUCUAGUAGUGGAUGACGGAUCAUCAAAAUCAGGCCCUCAAAGAUCCGUAGAAGGUUGGAUAUUGUUUGUAAGGAAUGUACAGGAAGAAGCUACGGAAGAAGAUAUUCGAGAUAAAUUCUGUGAAUAUGGCGAUAUAAAAAAUAUACACCUUAACCUUGACCGGCGAACUGGUUAUUUAAAAGGAUAUGCAUUAGUAGAAUAUGAAAAUUUCAAGGAAGCGUUUACUGCUAUGGAACAUCUAAAUGGUUCUGAGCUAAAUGGUCAAAGAAUUCACGUGGAUUGGGCGUUUACGAAAGGUCCGAAUCCAGUCAAAAUGUCAACCAAACACAGAACACGUGAACGUAGUCGAAGUCGAUCAGUUGACCGUGCUCGGCGAUAAUUGUACAUUCAUGCUCUAGAUAAAAUGUUUUUUACAUAUCUUAAACACCUUUUUAUCAAACAAGAAAUCAGCGUCGGCUUGAUCUCUUUCGUUGCAUUAUUAGUUGUUUUAAGCUACACCUAUUCAAGUAAAAAACGUUUGUAUUCCUUAA